GUGAUCUCCAGCCUACUCAGCAACCAUCUGCCAAUGGACAGGUUUUCUGUCCAAGCGUUAGAAUCUGUGCUUUCUAAAGCUGGGAAUGAGAGACUGGUGAGAGUGCUCAGGACGCAGAAAACAUGGAUUCUGCUUGAAAACCCCCAGACUCACCAUGAGGGAGUGUGUCUGCUGGUGAGUGGUCUGCUAAGAUUUGGACUAAUAACACUUGAGAUCAUCCAGAGCCUCCUCCCCUGGGUGAAUUCCCCAAUGGAAAACUUCCGAGUCACCGGCACAGCUUUCCUUGCCCAGCUAAUGACUGAUCCCACGCUCAGGGAGAAGAAGUUGCUUAAGAGUGUCUUAUGA